AUGUCCGACAACGCUCCUCCACCUCCAACGGUCGAAUCGUUAUCGCUAUCCGCCGCAGAGACAAAGCCAGAGCGUGCUACAGGCCGCAGCAACAGCUUCUCCCAGCAAUCGCGGGCGUCCGACGACUCUCAAACUGCCGCUGACUUUCUUCGCGACCAAGAAAUCCUCGAAGCCGACGCUCGCGAGGCCCUGCCUUACAGCAUCGAGACAUGUACCAAGAUCCUCGGUCCGCUUCGACAAAAUGUAUUUGCUUGUUUAACUUGCAACCCUGCGCCGACAAAGCCUGAAGAUGCCUGGAACCCGGCGGGCAUGUGCUAUGCCUGCUCAGUCUCAUGCCACGGCGAACAUACUCUUGUGGAGAUCUUCCAGAAGAGAAACUUCACUUGCGAUUGCGGAACCACGCGCUUCCCGUCCAGCAGCCCAUGCACGCUACGCAUCAAUAGCGAGACCAAUACAAAGGGCAACGUACACUCUGAAGAGCCGGAUGUGAACAACAAGUACAAUGACAACUUCAAGAACCGAUUCUGCUGUUGCGAGUGCGAUUAUGACCCCUUUGAGCAAAAAGGAACCAUGUUCCAAUGCCUUGGGCUGGGCACUGCCGAGACUGGAGGCUGUGGAGAGGACUGGUAUCAUCCUGGCUGCCUGGUAGGCAUGGGGCCCAAGUGGUUUGAGCAGAUGAACAAAAGCAAAUCCAAGGCUAUACCAAAGGAGACUGAGAAGAAGGGGAGCGCCCUUGCAACAAUUACGGAAAAAGACGAGGCCCAGUCAAACAAUAGCACAACAGAGGCCGCGGAAGAUGUGGCAGUUGAGGAUGAGGAUGACGAGCCGCCGAUGCCUCCUGGGUUCCCAGCUGAAGACGACUUUGAAGGGUUCUUAUGUUACAAGUGUGUGGAAGCAAAUCCAUGGAUCAAACAGUAUGCAGGAACCUCAGGCUUCCUACCAGCUCUGUUUCUAAAUGAUCCCGCGGCUUCUGCACCGUCGCCGUCCAACGAGAGCACGGCAACAGCUGCAUCCAAGAAACGCAAGGCCGAAGACAAUGAGGAUGAAGAGAUGACAGACGCGAAGCGCAUUAAGAGCGAGGACCAGCCAUCAACUAUUGAAUCUACCGGAGAAACCAAGGAUGGCGGCCUAGCAUCGUGCAAGCUGCCUAACCUUCCCGUCGCACCCGAAGGGCGCUUCUCUCUCUUUUUCAAAGAGGACUUCCGCGAGAAACUGUGCCACUGCUCAGAUUGCUACGGCAAACUCAACGCCCACCCACAGCUCCUAGAAGAGGAAGAAGUCUACGAGCCCCCUCUGUCAGACGACGGUGCUUCCCAACACGGAGGCUCGACGCACGGAAGUGGCAGCCUGCUGGACCGUGGUGAAAGCGCCUUGCGCAACAUGGAUCGCGUCAAGGCCAUUGAGGGCGUCAUGGCAUAUAACCACCUCAAAGAGCAACUCACACCGUUCUUCAAGCAGUUUGCUGAGAGCGGCAAGGCCGUGGGCGCAGAGGACAUCAAGGCGUACUUUGCGAAGCUGCGCGGUGACGAGCAGGGUAUCAAGGAGGCGGGCGAGGCUGCGGCUUCGUCCAAGGAGAAUAGGGAUGGAGAAGACGAUGGCCGACGCGAGCAGAGCGGGUAUUAG